GCCGAUUGUAUAUUAUGAGUCGUAAUAUAUGAAAAGUAAGUAAAGUUUAUUGAAUAUAUUCAGUGAUUAGCUUGGGCUCCAACAAGGGAUACCCAAAUAAUGUUAAGACUUUUGGCAAGUUUUGCCUUGCUUGUGGCUGGGUGCCAUGGAAAAGCUGCUGUGACACAGAGUUUAGAUGGGACAUGGGCUGCUAAAGAGACUGAGCAUUACUAUGAGUUUCCAGCUUCAGUCCCAGGAGGUAUUUAUACCGACUUAAUGAAAUUAGACAUGAUUGGGGACAUUUUUUAUGGAUUUAACGACAGCAGGACUAGAUGGGUGGGCAACAUCAAUUGGACGUACAUUCUAAAUUUUGAAGUUGAGAAAGGCCUUAUGGACUAUGACACCGUUAACUUAGUCUUUGAAGGUGUAGACACUUUUGCUAGCAUAGAAUUAAACGGAGUAGUCAUUGGAGAGACACAAAAUAUGUUUGUCAGAUACGUUUAUGAUGUCAAAAAUUUUCUUAAGGCUCAAGGCAAUAACACAAUCAAAAUUUUCUUCGCAAACCCCGUGGAAAUGGGUCUGGCCCUCAACUACGAUCAAUUGGACAAAUACAGAAUUCCCUGGGAAUGUCCUCCAGACGCUUACCAAGGAGAAUGCCACAUUAACAUGCUCAGAAAGAUGCAAGCGUCGUUUUCAUGGGAUUGGGGUCCGUCUUUCCCUUCGAUGGGUCUAUGGAAACCCGUUUAUAUUCAAGCCUUCGAUGAAGCUGCUUUCCAACAUGUUGUUCAUCGUGUAGUAGACAGUGGAAAAAGUUGGAAUAUCUAUACGGAUGUUUAUUUUGAAAAUAAUCAACGUGGCUACAUACAGGGAGAAUUAACACUAAAACUCUAUAUCGAUACAUCCUCAGUGAUAAGUAAGACCUUUAAUGUCAAGGCUACAGUGAAUGAGAAUGGAGAAUUGGCCACUCACGCUCAAAUUGACCUUAUCAAUAAAACUUUAAUCAAAGAGUGGUGGCCAAACGGUUACGGUGACCAACCACUUUACAAACUUGAAGUAAUUUUUGCUAGUGGUGAAAAUAAUGAAGACAUUAUCAGUGACAAUAAAUUGAUUGGAUUUAGGACAGUAGAGUUAGUACAAGAGCCACUCGCCACUGGUGCAACCUUCUACUUCAAAGUAAAUGGACAAGUAAUAUUUGCCAAAGGUUCCAAUGAAAUUCCUAUCAAUAUCUUACCAGAAUUGGGUCAGGAUAGAGACACAAUUGACUACCUUCUGCAAAGUGCCAAAGAUGUCAAUAUGAAUAUGCUCCGUGUAUGGGGUGGAGGUGUUUACGAGUCCGAUUACUUUUACGAAGUAGCUGACAGAUUAGGAAUAAUGAUCUGGCAAGAUUUUAUGUUUGCGUGCUCCUUGUAUCCAGCAACUGAAAAGUUUUUGAAUAAUGUCCUUGCGGAAGUCGACCACAACAUUAAACGUCUUCACUACCAUCCCAGUAUCGUGGUUUACUCAGGAAACAAUGAAAAUGAAGGAGUAUUGGUUGAUAAUUGGUAUGGAACUCAAGACAAUUUCACCCAGUACAAGUUAGAUUAUGUGGACCUUUACAUUAACACUAUACGCAAGGAAUUCAACAGGAUUACUAGAAAUGAGGCUAUCUUUAUUAGUUCUAGUCCUAGUAAUGGAAAUCUUACUGAAUCUCAGGGAUGGAUUGGAGAGAGCCCUGGCAAUCAAUAUUGGGGAGACGUUCACUUCUAUAACUAUGCCCUUGACCCGUGGGACUCGAACACCUACCCAAUCCCAAGAUUUUGUUCAGAAUACGGCUACCAAUCGCUACCAUCCGAAGAUACUUGGUUUACUGCAACCAACGACAAAGCUGACCUAGUGAUUACUAGUCACUUUAUGGACUGGAGACAACACCAUCCCGGAGGCAACGCAGAAAUGAUUGAUUUAAUUGCCGAAAACUUGAAUAUACCUGAUAAUGAGACUGAAGCUUAUACGACUGCUUUUAUUUAUCUCUCUCAAGUCUACAAUUCUCAAGCUAUCAAAGUUGAAACGGAACAUUAUCGUCGCUAUAGGAGUUAUUUGACGGAUGACGGUAGAGGGUAUACUAUGGGAGCUCUGUAUUGGCAACUGAAUGACGUUUGGGUAGCACCAACCUGGUCAAGCAUUGAUUACACAUUAAGAUGGAAAAUGCUUCAUUAUUUCGCCAAAAACUUUUUCGCAAACGUCAUAGUAACUGGUCAUAUAAAUGAUGCAAGAGAGCUUCAAGUUUACACUGUUAACGAUCAAUUGUCACCAGAAAACUUCACCACCGCAAUCAUUAGAGUUUACAAAUAUAACAGUCCAGAUUUUGUGCCGCUUUUAGAAAUGAGUUUUGCCUCUGACUUAAAGGCUGGUGCUUCUCAACUGUUUUACAGCACCCCAAUUGAUGACUUAUUAGAAGAUUUGGAUUGUGACAAAAACAGUUGCUUCUUCCACUUUGUUGUCCAGAACAAUGCCAGCGUUGCUAUAAGUCCAGAAAAUUACGCAUUCCCAGGAAAAUUGAAAGAUUCCUCGGUGGCCUCUGCUAACGUACAAAUUUCGUCAGUAACUCAAAGUGGUGACAAUACUUUUGAUGUUACAGUUACUAGUGACAAUAUUGCCCUGUUUGUAUGGCUGGAUUCUCAUGCUAUUAGGGGUACAUUCUCGGAAAAUGGAUUUUUGCAAGUUGUAAGCUCUAAGGUUGUAUCGUUCACCAGUUCCGUUAAUAUCACUGUCGGUGAAUUGAAAGAAGCUUUGUCAGUGACUCAUCUUAAAGAUUCAAAAUGGAAUUAAGUCAAAUUGUGUUUAAUAAAUGAUAUAUUUUACUUAAUAUAAGUUGUAUUUUUUUGUGCAAUCUG